GCUCCAUCCACGGAUGCUUCCUUCUUAGCAAUGCAUAUCUGCAAGCCCUCUCUCUCAUCUUCGUCCUCUUCAUCUCUUCCUACAGUUAAUUAAUUUGUUUAUUUUUAGAUCUAAAGUCAUUAAUUAAGCACCAGAUAUAUAUAUAUAUAUAUUCUUGAUCAUAUAUUAUAUCAAGAUGGGGCAGAAGAAGGGUUUUCUUCUUCUUCUUCUUCUACUACUGGUUCUGGCUGCCUCUUGUCUUCUUCUCUCCUCUGCUGUGGCUGCUGUUCCUUCCUCCGCAGAAAUCCUGAAGCCAUUUAAGGAUGAUCCGUCCGUAGAUUCAGUCCAUCGCUUGCUUCCUCCUCAGGGUAAAAUGGAGACGGGCACUGGAGAAAAGCCAACAGAUGAGGAAGGAGUACUGAUGAUAGAGCGAAGAAUGGAUUUGGAAACCACCGACUAUGAAGGAACUGGAGCCAACGACGACCAUGAUCCAAAAUCUCCUGCUCAAGUUUGACUUCAAAUCCAAUAUUUGGAUAUAUAUAUAUAUAUAUAAAUAUAAAUAUAAAAUAUCUUGUUAUCAACAAUAGCAAGUUUAAAUAUAGCAGCCUUAUUAUAUGAUUAAUUAGUCUGGUUUGAUAGUACCGUUAUUUCUUAUCUACACAUGUAAUUAGAAGAAUUCUAAGUUAACAAGGAUUUCAGCCUUGAGAACUAAAUUACAUCGCUUAAUUAAUCAGAUUCGUUGA